UAGAAGGAGCUGGGGGCUGAAGGCAUCAUUGAGAAGGGGGAGUGUGGGCAGGGAGGUCCCUGGCUAACUGUCUCUCUCCUGCCUAACCCCACUCCUGGUGGGCGCAGGAUGAGGCCCAGCAGCUCACGUCCCUGCAUGCCAUCUACCCCACGUGUCUCGCUGCACACCAGAGAGGGCAGGACACACUGGAGCCGCACUGCUGCAAGGUGGCUGUGGUGGAGAGGAUUGUGGAGCUCAUUGAGGAGCUUCCUGAUGACUCUCCACCCGGCGCCAUCCUGGCCAACUGCCUGAUUGCUGUGGGCAACCUCAGGUACCGAGACUCUCUUGCCCAGUUCCCCUCACGCCAGUGCUGCUCAGGUCCAUGGCUGGGAGUCACUGUCCCUCCCACUCCCAGGUCACCUCCAGAGGCACCAUGACACCCGCCCUGGAGCCAGAGCUGGAGACCCACCUCCUUCGUGCUGCCCUUCAUGCCGUGUUCGCCCUGAGCAUGGAGAAGGACCCCACCCAAGCCCAGGAUCUGCAUAGGGUCUUGCCAGACAUCCUGGAUGCCAUGCUGGGGAAUCUGCUGGCAGAGUCCCCAGGCACCAACAGGCUCCACUACAUCUUGGAGCACAUUAACUACUGGAUCGUGCCCAGGGUGUCGCGAGAGAGAGCCAGGGCCCUUAGGAGCAGCAUGGCCCUGCUCAGAUCCACCAUCACCCUCCCUGCGUUCGACGACAGUGGCCACUGACCCCAGGCUCCUGGCCCCAGGCGUAGGUGGGCUGGAGCAGGUCUGGGGAGUCAGGCAGCGGUAACAGGAGCUAGCGAACAGAGCUGUAGACAGGGGGGUUUGAGGGGGAGUUUGUCAGGGGAGUUUGUCUUGUGGGGCUUGUGUUUUGCUGUGGGGGGUGGGUUUUGGUGGGGUUUGUGUU